UUCUCCCGCGCGGGCGCAGUCGGAGCGAGCCUCCUCGCUGGACUCCCAAGAGCCUGGUUGACCUUUCCCUUCCCAGCUCCGCCUCUGAGAGCAAGAAGCCGCAGGAGGAGGAGGAAGAGCGGCGGGCUGGAGUCUCUUGCGCCAUGGGCGAGCCAGGGAGCCAGGCCUCGAGGUUGUUCUCUGAUGGUCUUGAAAAUGGCUUGAAAUCAAAUGAGGAGCCCUUGUUAAGAAGAAAUCCUCGACGGUUUGUCAUCUUCCCAAUCCACUAUCCUGAUAUCUGGAAAAUGUACAAGCAAGCUCAAGCUUCUUUCUGGACAGCAGAAGAGGUUGACCUGUCUAAGGACCUCACUCACUGGAACAAGCUGAAACCAGAAGAGAAAUUCUUUAUUUCACACAUCCUGGCUUUUUUUGCAGCCAGCGAUGGAAUUGUGAAUGAAAACUUGGUGGAACGUUUUAGUCAGGAAGUGCAGGUCCCAGAGGCUCGUUGUUUCUAUGGCUUUCAGAUCCUAAUAGAAAAUGUUCAUUCAGAGAUGUACAGUUUAUUAAUAGACACUUACAUCAAGGAUCCUGAGGAAAGGGAUUUCUUAUUUAAUGCAAUUGAAACAAUGCCAUGUGUCAAGAAAAAAGCAGACUGGGCACUACGGUGGAUAAGAGAUAGGAAAGCCACAUUUGGGGAGAGAGUGGUUGCUUUUGCCUCGGUUGAAGGAAUCUUCUUCUCUGGUGCUUUUGCGGCUAUCUUUUGGCUCAAGAAAAGAGGACUGAUGCCGGGUCUCACUUUCUCCAAUGAACUUAUUAGCCGAGAUGAAGGGCUCCAUUGUGACUUUGCCUGCCUAAUGUUUCAACACUUAGUGAAUAAGCCUUCAGAGGAAAGAGUCAGAGAGAUCAUUGUCAAUGCUGUUGAAAUUGAACAGGAGUUUUUGACAGAGGCCUUGCCAGUUGGCUUGAUUGGAAUGAAUUGCACUCUAAUGAAACAAUAUAUUGAGUUUGUGGCUGACAGGUUACUUCUGGAACUGGGCUUCUCCAAGGUCUUCCAAGCAGAAAACCCUUUUGAUUUCAUGGAGAACAUUUCUUUGGAAGGAAAAACCAAUUUCUUUGAGAAGAGAGUUUCAGAGUAUCAGCGUUUUUCAGUGAUGGCCGAAACAAAUGAGAAUGUGUUUACUUUAGAUGCUGACUUCUAGUGUUGCCUUCUUGGAAAAUGGAUCUUGCCAAAGUAUUCAUUUGCUGCUGGUUGCUGCAAAAGCUCCUGCUUCUACUGGAAGUGGAGUGUUCUGGGAAUAUUUCUCUGCUUCCUCACAGUUGAUGGAUUGUUUCUUAUGCAAUAUAUUUAUUGCAGGUGGCGGUAUAAACAGGAUGAGUAUGUAUAUGUGUGUUUGUGCUCUUAAACCAAGGUUCUCUCCAGCACAUUGUGCAACUUUUAUAUUUAGAUUUUAAUAUCAUUGUGGCAGACUAAGAGACGACCCACUUGUAUAUGUAGCAAUAAUCCUAGAGUGAGUUUACUAAUAAGAGCUGGACCUUUUAAUAGCACUGUACCACUUGUCCCCCCCCCCCCCCCAGAAUCUCUCUUGAUACUUAGUGCUCAGAUGAAGGACUCAUUGCUAUGCAACCUCUAGCAAUGCUCCAACAUGUUAUAUAUACUCAUGUAUACAUUGACUUUAUGUAUAGGUCAAGAGCAGUUUUGGAGGCCUAAAUUAUGGAUUUUGAUAUGACCUGUGGAUGUAGAAGGUCUCUCCACAAAGUGGGGAAAGCACCAGUGUUGGAGACCAUUGGUUUUGGUUGCUGCUGCCAUUCCCAAACCUUAGAUAUAUCCAGGGAUGUGAUGCAAAAUUGUAUGCGUUUCACUGUUUGCUUUAAUCUACUUAGGAGCCCCCGGUGGCUCAGUGGAUUAAAGCUCUGAGCUGCUGAACUUGCUUACUAAAAGGUCACAGGCUCAAAUCCAGGGAGCAGGGUGAGCUCCUUCUGUCAGCCCCAGCUUCUGCCAACCUAGCAGUUUGAAAACAUGCAAAUGUGAGUAGAUCAAUAGAUACUGCUCCGGCGGGAUGGUAACGACGCUCCUUGCAGUCAUACCAGCCACAUGACCUUGGAGGCAUCUAUGGACAAUGCUGUCUCUUUGGCUUAGAAAUGGAGAUGAGCACCAGCCCCCAGAGUCGGACACGCCUGGACUUAAUGUCAGGGGAAAACCUUUACCUUUACCUUCAAUCUACUGCUUCCUUCAUAAGUUUUUUUGACAUCUUGAAUGAUUGCUUACUACAUUAAAGUUAAAAGUAGAAUAUAUCCCAGGGAGCACUUUAGAAACAUAAGUUGGAACUAUUGACUCUGGAUGUGUUUUGAAGCUGUUUCCAACAUUAGACCUUUUCUCAACCAACAUACAACUGUAAAUUUGUUUACUUCUGCCAGCGAAUUCUAUAAUAAAUCUUACAUGCUGCUAAUUGUGAAAUGUAUCAUGUUUCCUUUACAGUUAAACCAUAAAUGUAAAACGGAAUGUAUGAAGGUUAUCUAAAAAUUGUUCUCUGUUUGGCGUUCUUUUUGUGUACUGCCAUUUAAAACAAUUGAAAUAAAAAACACUGGAACUAA